AUGGUCUUCCUCCCGCAAACGAUCAAGGCGCUUCAGAUCCAGGAGAACAAAACGGUCAAAGUAGUUUAUAUACCGUUUGCGACUCAGGAGAAGAUCCAGAGGCUGCCGAAAGAUGAAGUUCUGGUCCGCGUUCGCGCCGUCGGUCUCAACCCAGCCGAUUGGAAACACGCUUUUGGUGCCCUAGGCACUCCCGGCGCUAUCCUUGGCUGUGACGCUUCCGGUAAUGUCGUCGGAGUAGGCUCAGCUGUCACACAUCUCAAGCUCGGCGAUCGUAUAUGCGGAUUCAACUAUGGCGGGUCAUGGCAAAAGGAUAACGGCGCGUUCGCAGAAUACGUGCGCCUGAAAGCGGCCGUAUGCUUCGUCUUGCCAUCCGAAAUGGCAUACGAAGAAGCCGCGGCGUUCUCGAUCGCACACCUCACCAGCGUGCAAGCACUUUAUAUGCGCUUCUCGUUCCCCAAGCCUCUCUCACCCGAAGCCGACGAGUUCAAGAAGAAUGGAGAGAAGAUCUUGAUUUGGGGCGCUAGCACGGCCGUGGGCCAUCAUGCUAUUCAGCUUGCGAAGUUGUCUGGGUUGCAGGUGUUUGCUACUGCUUCGCCUGAUGUGCAUGACGAGAUUAGGGCGCUCGGGGCGACGCAUGUGUUUGACUAUAGGGAAGUGGAUAUCGUCGCGAAGAUCAAGGAGGCGGCGGGUCCGGAAGGAAUCAUCUACGCGUUUGACACGGUGGGCGAGAAGGGUAGCAACGAAGCCAUUAUCGACGCGCUCUCACCCACACGCGGCGGCAAGGUCAUCACCACAGUUCGCGUCUCAGACGCGAUCAAGACACGUCGCAAAGAUGUCCACGUCGAGCUAACACUCGUAUUCACCGAACUGGGCUACGCGCUUGACUUUGCGAACAUCAUGCACUUCCCGGCUUCUCCCGAGGAUAAAGCGCGUGCUCAGGUGUAUUGCAUCGAGGAUGUCCAUCGCGUGUUGGAUGGGUGGAAAGCGGGUGUUGGCUCUCCGAACUUCAAGCCGCAGAGGCUGCGCGUGAUCCCGGGUGGGCUUGAGGGUGUUGAGGUUGGGUUGAGGGUGUUGCAGAGUGGGAAGUAUGGGAGGGAGAAGCUUGUGUCGCGCAUCGCCUAG